GCCGCUUUCCCUGCUUUCCUCACGAACUCCCUCGGUUCCUCUCUCCUGUCUCCUCCGGCCGCCGCAACGCCAUGCAGGCCGCCGCAGCGCGCGCGCGCCGCCUCCUCGCGUCACCAGCGGCCGCCGAGAUCACUGGGAUCCUCUCCGCUUCCCACCGCGGGUGCGCACCGGGAGCCGAGCUCGCCCUCCUGCCCCGUCUCGACAAUGGCUUCCUCUCCUCGCGCUCCUCCGCGCAGCUUCUGGCCAGGAGCUUCUCCUCCUACUCGUCCCGCCUGCCCCGUAACUUUGUGUUGCGAACAAUAACUUCUGACUGUCGGAGUGAGAAAUCAAUGUGCUAUCACAUGUCAAGAUCUCAUUUCUCAACAGAAUCAAGUGACACCGACCACCCUAAAGAAUCAGCAGAGGAGCUGUACCAAAAGAUGUUGAAAUCUGUUGAAGCACAGACUAUGCCUCCAAAUGCCUGGUUGUGGGCCAUGAUCAGUAGCUGCUCCAGUGAGGAGGAUAUCAAACUUCUUUUUCAAAUUUUGCAAAAGCUAAGAAUAUUUAGGCUAUCAAACCUUCGCAUCAACGCAAACUUCAACGACCAUCUUUGUAUGAAAGUGUCAGAGGCCUGUGCUCGUGUGGGUGUCCUUGACUACGGGUUGAAGGUUUUAUGGAAUCAUAAUGUUUAUGGAGUAACACCAACCAUUGGUUCUGCUCAUUAUCUGCUGCAACAUGCUAAAGAGCACAAUGAUACUAAACUAAUGGAGAAGAUAAUGCAAGUCCUUAGGAGGAAUUCCUUGCCAUUACAACCAGGCACUGCUGAUAUAGUCUUCAGUAUCUGCUAUAACGCUGAUAGAUGGGAUUUACUCUCAAAAUAUGCGGCAAGAUUUGUUCAGGCUGGAGUCAAAUUGCGCCGUACUGCAUUUGACAUAUGGAUGGAAUUUGCUGCCAAAGUUGGAGAUUCUCAAUCUAUAUGGAACAUAAAUAGUCUGAGAGGCAAGUCCAUCAAACACUACACUCUUACAACGGGUUUUGCAUGUGCAAAGGGGUCUCUACUUGAACACAAGCCGGAAAAUGCCGCUGCCACCAUUAAACUCUUGCACAAGCACUUGCCUGAUCAGAAGAAACCAUUUGUCAAAGAUGAACUCCAAAAGCUUGUUGCUGAAUGGCCAACAGAGGUGAUAAAAAGGCAGAAGAAAGAUGAUAGGAAGGCAAUGGCGGAAGCUUUGGUCAGAGACAUCCCCAAAAUGAUCGGCUCAAUGGCGAAAUCAGGCCUCGACAUCUCUGUGGAUCUGGACACGCUUCCCACCCCUCAAGCCGAAGCAGCGUAGAGAAGAAACACCGACGCGUUUGGGCAUGACAGCUGCAAAUCCUGCAGCAUACCUGAUACUACCAACCUUAGCAACGGAGGAAAACAUUUUUCUGACUGGGCCGGGCGAGCAACCCAAGAUGAUGGGUGGACAUUUGGUCCUCCGGCCAGCAUGUUUCGUUUGGCAUGUCGCCUAUUCGGUUGAUACAAUAAUAGCGUGUGUGCUGUGUUCUGUUUGUUUGAUACGCUAUGAAAAACUUUUUCGUUGAUUCGCCUCAAAAGCUAGUACUGUGCAUUUGCAAUUUUGAAAAUCUUAGUGUAACCAGAAUGAAACGUUAAUUAGAAAUUUUACUUGGUUUCACAAAAUUUGAGCAA